AUGAGUUCUCCGAGCUGCGCACCACGAACUGGUAGUCGUAACCACUGUCAACGUGCGACACCAAGGCACACCAGCACACCAGCACAUGAUCACCUUACUGGCGCUGAUGCUCUCACGACAAACUGCAGCGUCAGCGACCACACCAUACGUGAAAAGCCCGAGCCGGCUGACACUGAGUCGCAGAACGACAACAUGGAUUGUAACGGGCACAUAUCAUCGCUAGACAUGAAGCCCAAGAAGUGCGUGAGGUGGUCCACCAUAACCGUGCACGAGUUUGGUGUGGGAUUGGGCGGCAGCACCGUGUCGAACAAGGGCGGCCCGUCCAUCGGUCUCGCAGAUCCGCCCGAGUUUACGUGGACAACACGAGUAGGUGAGAUGGCCGAGCGCGCUGAGGGUCUACAUCGCUUCACGCCCAGCCAACGCAUCCGCCUGCUGCAGGCCGCCGGCAUCCCGGAUGGCAUCAUCACGCGCCACACUCGGGAGACCAACAUCAUUUUGGGUUCGCGUCGCCGGUCGAAAACAAGCUGGGAGGACAGCGACUGCGACGAGGCCGAGGAGGAGGAGGGGGAUGAAGAUGAGGAAGGCUGCAAGGAGCAAUCUCGCAAGCGCAGCGCCGACCAGGCCACCCUAGAGCAUCCGUGCGCCGUCUAUUUGCGGCGACCACGAAUGAUCCCGGCCAACUACGUGUAGCUGGAUCGUGUUGCGAGCCUAACUUCCAGGCCGCAGUGGAAUUAAGUUAUUCGAAGUGACAUAUAUACGAACCGGAAAUGCUGCGACGACGCUGGCGCUCUGCUGGCCGAAAGACAAUGUUAAUGAGAGGAAGUUCAACAAACAGGGUACGAUGAUAAUGAGCUCGGACAGCAAGUGUAUUAGGGCAGAUGUCCGUGCUCUCGAGUGUCCAGGCACCGAGGCAAACUUCCGCUACCAUUUUUUACUGAAGUCAUUAAUGUAAUGAUGCCUUAUU